AAGAACGCGUCGACAUAUACACCGUGCUUGAACGUACUGAGGUGAUAUAUCUGUUAUUUAUCCUACGGUCGAAGGCGAGUGAAUCGUGAAAAUGGCCGGGGAAAAGCGUACCAAGGAUCAAGAGGAAACCUUGCUCUCGGAAACGACGAUCUUGGUUGACAUCGAAGGCACCACGACGAGCAUAAGCUUCGUGAAGGAUACACUUUUUCCUUAUGUACGAGAGAAUUUAAAGAAAUAUAUUGAAACUAAAUGGGAGGAUGAGGAGUUCAAACAGGACUUUGAAAAAUUGAAAGAGCAGGCGAAGAAAGAUGAGGUAGAAAAAGUUGACGGGUUUGUACCAGUGACUGGUUCUAAUACAGAGGAGGAGAAAGAAUCACUUAUGAAAAAUAUAUUAUGGCAAAUGGAUUGUGAUCGUAAAACUGGAGCAUUGAAACAAUUACAAGGUCAUAUGUGGCGCGAAGCUUAUAAUUCUGGAUCGGUUAAAGCACACGUUUACGAAGAUGUGCCAAAAGCAUUAGAAUCAUGGACAAAUGAUGGUAGAAAAGUCUAUGUUUAUUCAAGUGGUAGCGUCGAGGCACAAAAACUUCUGUUUGGACAUUCUGUGCAUGGCGAUUUGCUUAAGUAUUUCAGUGGUUAUUUUGAUACCGAAGUAGGCGCAAAACAAGAAUCAAGCAGUUAUAAGACUAUAUCAAAUAAGAUUGGAGCAGAACCAUCAAGUAUAAUUUUCCUCACUGAUACUGUUAAAGAGGCUGCAGCUGCUAAAGAAGCAGGUUUAUCAACAGUUAUACUACUACGUGAAGGUAAUAUAGCUCUUUCGGAUGAAGAGAGAGUACCUUUUACAACCAUUAAGUCAUUCUUAGACUUAACAUUUCAAACUUCCACAAAGCGACAAAAAUUAGAAACAACAGAAACGCCGGAAACUGUAACUAAGAGUGCACCUGAUGUUUGUGAACCAAUGGAUACUUCCGAAGAUGUUGAAAUGGCGGAUGUCAGCGAGAAAAAAGAUGAAAAGGUAGACGCGAAGGAAGCUGUUCAAACAGAAACAAAAGAAUGCGGAAAAGAUCAGUUACCGAAAGAGACCCAAAAAUCAGACACGAAGACGGAAGAACCAAUGAUCACCGACGCGAAAGAUACAACAAACACUGAAAAGGUAGUGGAAAAGGUAGCGACAGAUAAAGUAGAAGCCCAACCAUCAGAGGUGAGUAUAAAAACAGACAUUUCUGAAAAUGUACCUGCCGUGAGUAAUAAUACCGAAUCGACAUCAACAACUUCAAAAAAUGAUGUGGAUAAGUCCGUGGAUUCUGAAAAAGUAGAGAAACCUGUGGAAGUAGCAGAGAAAGUUGUAAAACCUGCACCUGUAGAGGCGACAGUUACUGUCAAUGAUCCCGUGGAUGUUGUGGCAUCUGAGCCUAAAACAAAGUCUGGAGAAGUUUCUAUUACAGAGAGCAAGACUGAUGAACCCACAAAUAUUACAAAAGAAACAAAACCCGAGGACAGUAAAGUGUCAGAUGUAAAAUCUAACGAAAAUGUACCGGAAGAAAAGAAAAGUAGUAGCAGCGUAGAGGAGAAAACCGAAGAAUGCACUAGUAAAACCGAAAAAGAAACGAAAGAGGAGUCCACUGACAAGACCACAACUAAUCCUAGUACAACAGAAACCCAGAAACCAGAAAAUGACGGGUCUUCGGUGAAACCUGCACAAGAAUCGACGAAAACAGAGGAGAAGCCUAUAGAAAACGGUGACGUUUCAUUAACAAACGCGGAAAAAGUUACUGCGCCAACGAUAACAGAACCAGAAGCUACUAGUAGCAAAGUGGAGACACACGCCGAAGUGAAAAAUGUAACGGAAACGGUGACGGAAACGAAACCGGAAGUAGAAUCGGAAUCCGUGAAUGAAAAAUCUCCUAAAGCGAAAGAAACAGAAGAAGCAGCAGCAGUGCCUGUAAAUGACGCAGAAAAGAAAGAAGUCAGCACCGAGGUAUCGAAACAAGAAUCGACAGAGAAAUCAGUGAAAGAAGAGACUGUAGUGGACGAAGUGAAAGAAACGAAUACAGUGGAUUCCGAAAAGAAAAAACUAAAUGGCACAACACAAAAUGGGGAUACAGACGCGCCAGUGUCAGACGAUAAAUUACAUAGAAACGGACUAAAUGAGGGAUCAUCAAACGAAAACGUGAAUUCGUCAACAAGCGAAAGCACGUCGGCGCAGAAUGGCGAACCAGAGAGUUCCUCGGAGGCUAAUGCGGAAUCUAUAAAAGUAAAAAAAGUCGUUGAUUCUACAGUAGCCGACGGUGCCGGCGAACCUGACGUUGUUCCCCCUGUAGUUGUAGCUGCGACGUCUUAAUCUUGUUCUUAUACAUUUUAAGAAGUCCUUCAUACAUAACCCCCACCCAUAAUACUUAUCCGCAGGUAUAAACUGAAAAGUUGGCUCCCUACACCUUACAUAAAUCGUACGACGUUAAAGAUGUAAUACGUUAAUUUAAGAUGCAGUUCAUAGAAUUUCUAUUUCUUCAACAAAUGCGAAGGGAAACGAUAAUAUGACAUGCACAGUGUGUUUCAGAUUCGAUUAUCUUUUAAACGUCAUAACUCGAUGUAUUAUGCUUGUUGACUGUGCUCAGUAGAAAGUCGUAAGAAGAUCGAAAAAACGUUUGUUUCCUAUUUUACAUUGCUUAACUUAUUUUCUUCCGUAUUGAUCUGUUUUUCUUUUUCUAUUUUUCUCCCCCCUUUUAGUUCGUUCGUAUUAAAAUAGUUUUUGUAGGUGACAUUAUGCAUUUACAAUAUGAACUGACUAAAGAUAAUCGAACAUGUCAAUCGCUGUAGUCGGUUUAUAAGUAUUUUUUCAUUUGUCUCUCUCUCCUUUUUUUUUUUUUUAUUGCAUUUUAUGUGUAUUAAGAUCUUUUUUUUUUAUACUGCCUAAACGGAAUGUUACGGUAUGAAAACUCAUAGGUUAGGAAAUUCAUCAUAGUUGGAGUAUGCUAAAAUACCGCAUGUACCCUGUGCCAAAUGAAUUAAUUCGUCAGUUUGAAGGUUUUUUCUAUUAUUAUACGUACGACGUUGAAGGAUCUGGUCGAUGAUUUUAGUUUCUUGCAACAAAUCAGGAAACUUUAAGACUAUGUAUGAUUUUAAGACUGAAUUGGUAAUGCCUCGAACAGUCGCUGGCUUUAGACUAUACAAUAUAAUUUUUGCAUACUCUUGUGUACUUAAUUUUAUAAAUUGAUAACACAGUGAUUUUUGAAUCAUAGAUCUGAACCCAAUCUAUAAGUAAGCUGUGUCUUACGUUUGACUUUAUUCGACUACCUUAGGUAUACUUAUUCGCGUCCUAAAGGGCACACAUGCUACUUAUUGUGAUGUCUCGGCAUCAUAUUCCUAUUUUCUUUUGUGACUAUUUAUCAAAUUAUAUAACUUUUAGUUUAGAACACUUCAAAUGAUGUUGGCCUAUACGCAUUACGUGUUUUUUUUUUUUUUUUUUUGUAUUUUGUACCGUAAUUAUUAUGCGAUAUCAAGUCGUUUUUGAACAAUUGGAAGUACUACGUUGCAUUUAUGUGUUUCUAAAAACAAAAAAAACAAUGACAAUUGUAUUGUCAUAUUACACGAUAUUACACGUACCCGUUACACUAUUAGUUGUAUAAAAUUUCACUUUGC